CAGCACCACUUUUUAUAUAAUAGAAAGAUCAAUAAAAGGUGCCGCAGUAGAGGAGGAGCAAAAUAGGCCUAUUUUGGAUAGAAUGUCUUCUUCUUCCCUUCCUCUCCGCGGCCGGUAGCUGUCCCGUCAGAAACGUUCUGUUCUUGGUUCUUUCCGGAUUGGAUUCUGUUGAAGAAAAAGCAUGGCUACCUCUUCUUCUUCUUCCAUGCUGUUCUUUGGAGUAAGAGACGAAGAUCAAAGCCAGAUCAAACAGCAGCAGCAGCAGCAACAGAAGCAGCAACAACACUCGUCCUUGUCCACUUCUUCAACUGCUCCAUCCACAGCACCACCGAAGAAAAGGAGGAAUCUUCCAGGAACACCAAAUCCAGAUGCAGAGGUCAUAGCGCUAUCUCCCAAAACCCUAAUGGCAACAAACCGAUUCGUGUGUGAGGUAUGCAACAAAGGGUUCCAAAGGGAGCAAAACCUACAGCUCCACAGAAGAGGACACAACCUGCCUUGGAAGCUAAAGCAGAAGACUACAAAAGAGGUGAAGAGGAAGGUCUAUCUUUGCCCCGAGCCCACAUGCGUCCACCAUGAACCUUCACGGGCUCUCGGCGACCUCACUGGCAUUAAGAAGCACUACUUCAGAAAGCAUGGCGAGAAGAAGUACAAGUGUGAGAAGUGCUCAAAGAGAUAUGCUGUUCAAUCUGAUUGGAAAGCUCAUUCAAAGACCUGUGGCACUAGAGAAUACAGAUGUGACUGUGGCACCCUCUUCUCAAGGCGUGAUAGUUUCAUCACACACAGGGCCUUCUGCGACGCGUUGGCUCAGGAAAGUGCUAGACACCCUUCAGCCCUAAGCACCAUUGGUGCCCAUCUCUAUGGAAACAACAGCAUGAGCCUGGGCCUUUCCCAAGUUGCCUCCCAAAUUUCACCAUUACAAGAUCAGAACCACCCAUCCAGCAACCUACUAAGGCUUGGCAGCGCUGUGGCUACGAAGUUCGAGCACCUGAUCCCCCCUUCUAACCCUUCUCCCUUGAGCCAUCCAUUGCAACCACAAGCAUUCUUCUUGCCAGACUCCAACCAAGGCUACCAAGAAAAUUUGAUGUCAAAUAGGUCAUUCCAUGGCUUGAUGCAGCUUCCUGACCUGCAAAGCAACAAUAACAACUCUUCAAAUCCCGCCACCGCUCCAUCUGCCAAUCUCAUAAGCCCCAGCUUCUUCUCUAGCAACAAUAAUAGUACUAACUGUGCGGAUCACAACUCCACCAGCCUGUCGUCUCCGGGAUUCUUGAUUCCUGAUCAGUUCAAGAAUUCAACUGGCCAUGGAGAAGCAAUCUUUUCGGGUGACAAUGUCGGUUCGGGUUUUUCUUCUCUUUACAGCAUCUCAGGGCAACAAGAAAGCGCCAUGCCCCAUAUGUCCGCCACUGCAUUGCUCCAAAAAGCUGCCCAAAUGGGAUCAACCACGAGCCCAAAUGGAGCUUCUUUUCUUAAAGGCUUAGGAAACUCUUCAUCAAGUGAUCAUCACCACCAACUCCAAGGACUAAUGGAUUCUCUUGCAAAUGGAAGCUCUUCCAUGUUUGGGAAUGAACAAGAAAGCAGCUUUGUUAGGUUUGAUGGGACUGGAAUUGCAAUAGAACAGCAACACAAAGCUACCAGUUUUGGCCAGAUGGACGAAGCCAAAUUGCAACAAAAUUUUAGGGCAGGUAUUGCAGCUGGAUCUGACAGAAUGACACUGGAUUUUCUGGGUGUUGGGGGAGGGAUGAUGAGAAACUUGGGGGGUGGAUUCUCGCAGAGAGAACAUCAACAUGGCAUUGAUAUUAGUUCUUUUGACUCCAAAAUUAGUUCCGGCCAAACAAGCCAUAAUGUCUUUAGUGGUCCUAAACCGCUGUGAAGAUGACCCUAGCCAACAAAGGAGACAACGCAAGUUUAAUUGGGUAAACUUCUAUAUAAGAAGAACCAGUAAUGAAUUUAAUUGUUUUGUUGCUAUUAUAUAACGCAAUUUUUUUUCCAGGAUGAUGUAUCUUAAUUAAAUCUUUGUUUAGAUUCAA